AUGGCUGAUCGGCCUUCCUCGCCUCCGCCCUCCACACUGUCGCCCCGCACUACGGGCCCAUCCGCCUCAUCACUCCGCCGCCGGGGCCUCCCCGGGCGCGCCGCAACUUUCAUAGACGGCCCUUCCUCAGACUGGGCACAACGACGCAACUCGACUCUGUCAGACUCGCUCUCUGAGGCACGUAACUCAAUCCGAUCUUCGACAGAUGAUCUGUUUCUUCCACGGGUCGCGCAGAAAGACCAGGCCCAUGUUGCGACUGAAGAAUCCCACUGGCACUCAGCGCCGCUGGGCCUGGCGCUGUUGCCCGCAAUCGCCGGGGUGUUCUUUCAAGAUGGAAGCUCAUUCGUGACUGAUAUGACCUUAUUGGUGCUUGCGGCGAUAUUUCUAAAUUGGUCUGUCCGGCUACCAUGGGACUGGUAUCGUUCCGCACAAGCAAUUCAGCGCAAGGACGGGAAGUUUGACCCGGCUGUUGAAGGGAUAAUUGAUAAUGAGAUGGACCAGAAUGAAGAAGCAGUCGACGCGCAGGGAGACUCGCAGAGAGACUCGCAGCAGCCUCAAAAGCACCCACGGGUAUCUGUAGAAGCCCAAGCCAUCAGAGAACUCCAGAUCCACGAACUCGUCGCUCUUGCAUCAUGCUUUAUCUUCCCUGUGGUUGGCACAUGGCUCCUACACGCUAUUCGAUCCAGUUUAUCUCGGCCGUCCGAGGGCCUUGUCUCAAAUUACAACUUGACCAUCUUCCUGCUGGCGUCCGAGGUCCGCCCCUUUGCGCACCUUCUCAAACUCGUCCAAGCGCGCACUCUCCACCUCCAACACAUCGUAGCAUCAAUCCACAGCGAGGACUUGAAUCCAGAAAAGCUCCAGGAUCUCACCAAGCGCCUCGAAGAAUUGGAAGCGCAUGUUGCUGAGGCUGCUGCUGCUCGCCUUGCCGCAUCCUCUGCACCGAAGGCCGACCAACCUCCAUCUCCAGAAGCCAACGACGUUCCAUCUAUAAUCGCCCAGGCCGUUGAUGAAUCUCGAAAGGCCCUGAAUCCGGACAUCGAAGCCCUCAACCGCGCUGUUCGCCGCUACGAAAAACGCACCGCCCUCGCCACUCUCCAAGCUGACACCCGUUUCCAGCGGCUUGAAGCACAAACUCGCGACGCGAUCGCCCUCGCCGCAGCUGUGCAGCGAUCUAGUGCAUCACGCCGCCAAAGUUACGCAUUCAUACUUUUUGACUGGGUCUGUGCAUGCAUCGUUGUGCCUGCACAACUCGCGUUAUCUAUCCUUAAUCUCCCUGGCCGCAUCGCAAGUAGCUGCUUACUUGCUGCACAGCGACUACUAGGUCGUCGACAUCCGACCCCAUUGCGCUCAAAAUCUAGCAAAGGCAAAGCCAGAUCGGGUAUUGGGUCUAAGCUCUCCCCCCAAUCUGCACCAAUGUCCAAAGCGCCGGCUUUGCCGUCGCUUACCCAACAGCAGCACCAGUCGUUUGAGUCUGCAUGGGGUGCAUCUCACUAA